AAAUGAACGUUAUUUAACACAUUCCUGGAACCAACUGCCGUAAACACGUUGUUAACACCGUGAUUGUUGAUCAGUGGUCCCUGCGCAUGCUCAGAUUGCCCUGGGUUACUGCAGCAUUCGGAAGCCUGCUCUGUAGACAGCGGGAGACACGAAGUAUUUUUUUCCAUAUUCUUCAACCCCACUUCGAUCCCGGUUUCUUCUUACUUUUCGACGGUCAAAGUAUUUCGGCGUUACAGUAGUGGACUCUUACACCAUUUAAACACUUUUGUUAAUAAUGCCUCGGGGUGGAAAAAAGGGCCACAAGGGCCGGGGAAAGCAGUUCAGCAACCCAGAGGAGAUUGACAGACAAAUGCGAGCACAGAGAGACCUGGAAGCUGGCGUAGAAAGAGCGAGUGGUUCGGAUUCAGAGGAAGAAAGCAGCAGUGAUGAAGACUCUGAUAGGAGGAGAAAUGGAGUUGAAGGUCUUAUAGAGAUUGAGAAUCCAAACCGUGUGUCUCAGAAGAAUAAGAAGGUAGCUGAACUGGAAGAAAGUGCUCCUAAAGAGCUGUCUCGUAGAGAGAGAGAGGAGAUAGAGAAGCAGAAAGCAAAGGAGCGCUACAUGAAACUCCAUCAGGAGGGCAAGACUGACCAGGCCAGGGCUGAUCUGGCCAGACUGGCCAUCAUUAAGAAACAGAGAGAAGACGCUGCCAAGAAGAGAGAAGAAAUCAGGAAAGCUGAAAAAGAAGCAGAAGAAGCCAAAGCGAAGCGCUAAUCAUUUAUUUGUUAACCUCAUCAUACACUUGAGUCUCAGAGGAAUGGAGGGAGGAGGAGGAAGAGGAGAUGAAGGAGGAGAAAUUAAUGAGGAGGACCAAUGCAAGUUGUCUUAUCAGGUGUGCUCCUGAACUCCUGUUGCCCCUUUUUCAAAACCGAGGGGCGUGGGUCUUCGAUGGUAGCACAGUCAGGACACGGGGAGGGGGUAUGGGAUGGGGUGGACUAAAGUGAGAAGAAGAGGAAUGCAACAUUUGGAUUGCCUGUUGUUUUCUUUUAAAUUACUUGAAAUUUUGAGAGGAGACAAUCUCAGGUUUUCCAAGUGCUUCACUGCCCUCUUUUCUCUUCCUCACCACCGCCAGCGUUUUAAUUCUAAAGCUGCUCAAGUCAUUUUCCAUUUACUUAUUUUUCUCAAUUCUUUUUUUUGUAUAAGGUUCCUUAAGACAAGUUUUCACAACGGCUGGACAGGUAUUACAGUCAGUGUUCAUGAAACGUUUCCUUUCGUCUUGUGUCCUUUGUAGAAAGGAGAAAUAAUACUUUCAGAGCAGAAACUGAUUAAUAGUAAAUACACUAUGUGUUUUGUUUUAAGGGUUUAUGUUUGGAUCAAAAUGGCCUAACGUACCUCAGCUGUUUUCACCUUUUAUUGGUUGGGUUUUCAUAAGAAUAGGGUUUUUGUUUCUGUCAUCUUUUUUAAAUUUUUUAUUUUAUUUUGUGCUUUCAUUUGAUUUAAAGCAAUUUUGGAUAUUUGGACAGUUUACACACUUAGCUCAUUAAACUAACAAUGAAUUUAUACUGUAGUCCAUAUACAUCUUUUUAGCUCUUUAGGUGCAGCAGCAAUUAGGGUUGCAAUAAUGGAAUUUCUUGACAUUUUGAAUAUAAUAAACCCAAACAUUAUCAAGAAAUACAGUACAAUACUUUUUAGGACAGUUAGAAAAAAAUAGAAUAAAUAUUUGAGAAAACUCCAUUGGUCUCUAGAUUGUCUUUCUGCUUACUAUGGACCAAAUGCUGAAAGGACUAAUGGUGAAAAGAAAAGUUCAGAUUUUUCACAGUAAAUAAUUUUUUGGCCCCAUCUUAGUGACAGUACUUGAACUACUGAUUUUCUUUUUUCUUUUCUUUUUUUGACAUCGGUGCUGUAAAGCAGUCUCAAACUGCCUUAAAGAACCUUCACCUUCCACUGUUUGGUGCGCUCCCUUAGGCAGGGUCUCCUUGUGGUAUUCUCAAGACUUGCACACAACCAAAUUGGAUUUUGUUAUUACAGAACCUGCGCUUGUUUUUUUGUUUUUUUUUUCCAAACAUUUCCACAUCGAUAAUAAUUCCUCAUCUGCAACAACCUCACAGAGACAGGACACUGCAGGGCAUUGUAAUCAUUCAGGACAUACAAAAGUACAUAACUGUAAACAUCAGGUGUGUGUGGUGACAAAAGCCACGUAAUUUGUGCUGUAGAAGCAUCUUAAGGAACAAUUCAGACCACACAGCAAAACAAAAAUGGACAUCAGUUUUCCAUUGAUGUAUUUGAAAUCAUUUUUAAAAAUAAAGUCAUUGAUACAUAAA